AUGUCGCAACCGCAGGAAGUCGCUUCGCCUGUGAUCGAAUCGCACACCAGUCCCGAUCCUGUUCCCGAGCUUGAGAAACAAGAGAAGCAGGAAACACACGACACAGAAGAGAAGCAUGAUGCACCAGUCAUGGAAGAGAAGAAGGAUAUACCAGAGAUACCAGACAAGCAAGAUAUAACGCUUGACAUGGAGGACAAACCGGGCGAUGAAGAGAUCAAUGAAAAAACCGACGAGAGAAUAGAGAAACCUGAAACGAAGAUUGAGGAGAAGCUUGAAGACAAGUUUGAAGACAGCAGCGAGGACGACUCCGACUCCGACAUCGGAAAAAAGCAGGAGCAAAAGGUAGACGAGAAGCCCGAGGAAAAGCCCGAGGAGAAGCCAUCGCAAAACGAUGUCAAUAUCAAGAGACUCUCGUCUGGCAUGGAGUCUGACGACAGUGUGUCGGCAUCCGACACAGAUGACAAGUUUGAAGAUGCUGUAGCGCAAUCCCCUACACGCUCACUCACGAAACGAACCAUCUCGCAUGUCAAAGCUCCCAGCAGUUCGACCGAAGAACAAGUUGAUCGGCGGUCUGAAGAGUCGUAUACUCGAGAGGAUACCCAGGAGCCCAGCUCCGCCCAUCACAAGGCAACUGCCUCCGAGUCUGGCAGCAUUGCAAGCAGCAUCCGCGAAAGGCAAGCGCGACGAAAACCAUCCGUCGCCUCUUCACGUAUCUCCAACACGGCGAAUCUGGAUAAUGUUAGCCUUGACGACGAUACGCCUCCAUCUCCAUGUACGACAACUCCCUAG